UGUCAGACCUAAGAGCACGCUUCUGAAACCAGAACGAAAACUGGCAGCCCAAAACACACACACAUAAACACACAAAGACAACUACCACAGAGGCAGAGGCGACCGGUCUGUACCUUCUUUCCCUGAUGAAGUAGCACAGCUGGACCCUGUGUGGACGUUCUCAGAGCAGGAUACAUUGUGGGGCUGAGAAGGUCAAGCAGAGAGGUGGUUUGACUCCACUGCCAGCAUGCUCCGGCAGUCUCUGAGCAUCCUGAAGCAGUUUGGCUCUGCGGCAAAGUCACAAGAUGCCACUGAACUUCUACACGAGGACCUGGUUUUGGUGGAGCAGCGGGUGGAACCGGCCAAGAAGGCGGCUCAGGUCCUUCACAAGAAGCUGCAGGCCUGCAUGCAGAGUCAGCAAGGGCUGGAGGCCGAGAAACGAAUGAAAAAGCUCCCUCUGAUGCUGCUGUCUGUCAGCAUGGCGGAGAGCCUCAAAGACUUUGAUGCAGAGUCCUCUAUCAGGUGGGUGUUGGAGAUGUGCUGUUUCAUGGAGAAGAUGCUGGCCAGCAUGCUUGCAGACUUUGAGAUGAAAGUGGAGAAGUCAGUUCUGGAGCCACUCAACAAGCUCAGCGAGGAUGAUUUACCAGAGAUUCUCAAAAACAAGAAACAGUUUGCAAAACUCACAACAGACUGGAACAACGCACGAAUCAGGAGCCAAGCCAGCACUGGUCCCCAAGCAAAGCAGGAUGGGCUCCGGGAGGAAGUGGAAGAAGCUUGGAGGAGAUUGGAGUGCAUCAAGGACCAGUACUCUGCAGAUCUCUAUCACUUUGCAACUAAGGAAGAAGACUACGCUAAUUACUUCAUCCGUCUUCUUGAGCUGCAAGCCGAGUACCACAAAAAUUCACACGAGUUCCUGGACAAAAACAUCAGCGAACUCAAAGAGAAUCACAGUCAGAAAGGGCCCCCGCUAACCCUCUCUAACCAGAAGGUCUAUGGGGAGCGUCUGCUCUCUCAUUUGUCUCAAAGCAAUAGAGAAAUCGCUGCACCCAUCCAGGAGUGCAUUCACAUGCUGCUGAGAACGGGCAUGAGAGAGGAGGGUCUGUUUCGUCUGGCAGCAGCAGCCUCAGUGGUGAAGAGGCUGAAGACCUGUUUGGAUCAAGAAACGGUCGACCACAGCGAGUUCAGCAUGGACCCUCAUGCUGUGGCCGGAGCUUUGAAGUGCUACCUGCGGGAACUUCCCGAACCUCUCAUGACCUUUGAACUCUACACCGACUGGUUUAAAGCAGCAGGGGAAAAAGACCUGACGGAGAAGCUAGAGCAGUUCAGAGUACUACUGAAGAAACUGCCACCUGAAAACUACAACAACCUCAGGUACCUGGUCCAGUUCUUGUCUCUGUUGUCUGAGCAGCAGGCUAUAAACAAGAUGACGCCCAGUAACAUUGCCAUCGUCCUGGGCCCCAACCUACUCUGGCCAAGAGCUGAAGGGGAAGCUGCUCUGUUUGACAUGGCCUCGGCUUCCUCAGUACAAGUGGUGACGGUCAUCGAGCCUCUUAUUCAGUACAGCUCCAGCCUCUUCCCCGAAGCGAUAUCCUUUGAGAUCCCAGACAUUCCCGAGGUCCCGGAUGGGUCCCUGCCAGCUCCUGUUGCCCAGUCUCUGAUCUCAGAAAAGGAGAAACUGAGCAGAUCAGUCUCCUCUUCUUCAUCCACAGCCUCCUCCUGCUCCUCUUUUCACCUCCCUCUCUUAAAGACAAACAGCACAGCCUCUCAGGACAGUGGUGGCUUCUUCCUGGUGAAAACUGGCUCUGUGAGUCGCAGUGGCACCUCCACAUGGGCCAGCCCUGUCGCUGAGACAGCAGCCUCAACCCAUCAAAACACAACAUCCAGCAGCUCAUCCUUCGUCAAUACCAGCCCCGUCAUGGCCUCCAGCACUUCCACUGCCUCUAGCUCGACAGCAAACCAGAGCCAAUCCCUGCUCCCUAAAGCAACAGAAGCAGCCCAGAAGCAGUGCUCGGAUCAGAGCCCGCUGGAGCCAAUUUUGGAGGCACCUCCAGAUUCUCCCAGAGCAUUCGUGAAAAUUACCUCACCGUAUAAACCAAAAAGGGCUUUCAACUUGAACAAAGCUAACCAAGGAAACGAGCAGAUCGCAGUGCAGUUCUCCAAACCCAGACCUGCAGCACCUCCCAAGCUCCAGGCCCCUCCACCUCCCACCACAGCCCCGGCGGCUGCGGACACAAGGCCGACACCCGCACCUCGAGCUCAGACGACCAGCCUCAAAAAGCCUCCUCCGAGAAAGCCUGGUGUCAAAGCCCCAAACUGCCCUCCGCCACUUCCUCCACCAUCACAGGCAAAAGCGGUUCCUUCUAUAGCACAGUGAGAAAAAAAUGACUAAUGUGCCAUUUGUUAAUUGUGUGAAUUGUCUUGUUGUUCUUUCAGGAGUAACAUAACACCCCCAUGACAUCACUGUUGGUUGGGGUUACAGUUGAAACUUUCAACCAGAGAGGGCUGCAAAGCACUGCUUUUCAGCCUGUGGUUAUGUUACUCCUUAAACAUGCAAUGUUUUAUUGCCUGGUAGUGAAGAGCAGCUGAUAAACAUUUUGGUAUUUUGUAAAAAAUAAAAUCUACUCUUAGAUAUGUCUGCAUUGUUCAUUAUUGUCAAUCUGUGCUGUUCAAUACCUCCCUGGACUCAUUUUAAGUUGAAAGUUUGCAAAUUAGUUAUUUUUUUGUUUCCUUGACCAAUAUAAUUUAUUUAUUUUUUAAAUACUGAUGUCCUAUAUUUCCCAGAAUACAAAAAAAAAAAAAAAAAAAGAG